AUGGAGAAGCCCACGGCCACCAGCAGCGAGGAGAAGCCCCUGGGAGCCCCCGAGGUGCCGGAGCGGAUGUGCUGCUCCACCUGCGGGCAGGUGUUUGGCAGCCGGGAGGAGCAGGGGAGUGGGACUGAGCACUACCGUCUCGACUGGCACCGCUUCAACCUGAAGCAGCGACUCCUGGGGCGCCGGCCGCUGCCGGUAGAAGUGUUUGAGGAGAAAACCCGCACAGGUGAUGUUUCCAGCAUCUCGGGGUCUGAUUCAGAGAGCUCAGAUGCAGGCAGUGAGUCAGAGUUGCUACCCUCUGCCAGCGACAGCCCUGGGAACCCCCAGACCCCCCAGAUCCCCCGCUCCCACAAGGUGCUGUUCCGCAAUGCAACCGGGCAGCUCAUCUGUGCCUACCGCUGCGUGCUGAGCACCAGGAAGGGUGGCAGUGAGGAGCCAGAAGAGCUGGCAGUGUCACUGCAGAGCCUCGGUGUGAGCACGUGCUGGGUUGUGCUGAUGAUGGGCGGUGGGCACUUCGCAGGAGCUGUGUUCCGGGGUCCCCAGGUGCAGGAGCACAAGACCUUCCAUCGCUACACGGUGCGAGCCCGGCGGGGCACAGCCCAGGGCCUCCGGGAUGCCCAGACCCCAGGGUCAGCACCCAGGUCAGCCGGAGCCUCCCUGCGGCGUUACAACGAGGCCGCGCUGCUCAGGGAUAUUCAGGACCUGCUGGCAGCCUGGGCACAGCACCUGAAUGAAGCUCAGCGCAUCUUCCUCCGGGCCCCUCGUCACAACCGUGUGCUGCUCUUUGGUGGCAGGAACCCGCCCCUCACCCAGGGCGACCCUCGCAUCUGUCACAUCCCCCUCAGCACCCGCAGGGCCACCCUGAGAGAGGUGCUGCGAGUCCACACCAUGCUGGCCAGCCUGCAGGUGUAUGGGAAGGACACAGCACUGGAGGAUAUCACUGGGUCCCCCCGGAAGGGCUGGCAGAAGAGGCGGCGGAAAGCAGAGAUGGAUCCUCCACAAGAGGACACAACUGCCCCUGUCUUAUCACCCCCUUUAGCACCAGAGGAGGAGGAGGAAGAGGAGGAAGACAGUCCUGCAGGGGAACUAGAGACUGUGGAAGUGACACUGAAUACUUUGGACCUCCGGGAGUUUGAAAUGAUGCCCAAGCGGAACCGCAAAAGGAGGAAGAAGAAGGACAAGAAGGUGGAGAAAGGGCCUUCUGCCAAAGAGACGGGAUGCCAUGGUACCCAGCAGCCUGGCCUGGAGCUGGUGACAGAGCAGCUGGGAGAGGCUGGGACUGAGCCCCUCCCCUGGGGCACUGGAGGAGACCCUCAGACCCAGCUUCGUGAUGCCCUGUUCACUGCCUGCAAAACGGGGGACGUGGGGAUGCUGCAGCACCUCCUGGCUGUGCCAGAGAGCAGGGACCUGCCAGGGGACAGCAAGAAUGGGGAGGACGCACAGCCCCUGAACGUGCCCCACUCCCUGCUCAACGAGCCUGUGGAUGAGCGUGGCUGCACCCUGCUCCAUGUGGCAGCACGGGCAGGGAAGGCUGAGGCUGGGAGCCUGCUGCUGGAGGCAGGAGCGGACCCCGCCCUCAGAGACAGGCAGGAGAGGACCCCCUACUGUGUCUCUGCUGACAAACUGACCCGCAAUGCCUUCCGCAAGUUCAUGGUGGGCCAUCCAGACAAGUACGACUACAGCCGUGCCCAGGUGCCAGGGCCCCUGACCCAGGAGAUGGAGGCCAAGAAGCUGGAGAAGAAGCGGGCACAGAAAGCCCAGCGGAAGCAGCGGGAGCAGGCGCAGCGGGAGGAGCAGCAGCGCUGGGAGCAGCAGCAGAGAGAGAAGCAGCAGUUCGCAGCACUGUCUGACAGAGAGAAGAGGGCCCUGGCUGCCGAGCGGAGGCUGGCUGCGCAGGACACGGGCACAGCUCCUGCCAACAUCAGCCGCUGCUGGCACUGUGGAGAGUCCCUGCUGGGCCAGGUCCCUUUCCAUUACCUGGAUUUCUCCUUCUGCUCCACGGCCUGCCUGCAAACCCACCGCCGGGCCCGGGCUAGCCACACGUAA